AUGGCCACCUUCCUUUUAAGGUCUAACAAAAUGGUCCAUGCCUUGACCUGGUUUUGUCUCGUGCUAAUGAUUCAUAAUGGUGCUUCCUAUGAGUUCAUAGUUGGUGGCCGAAAAGGUUGGAGUGUUCAAGGUGACUCCAGUUUCAAUCCUUUCAAUCAAUGGGCUGAAAAGAGCCGUUUUCAAGUAGGAGACUCCCUAGUGUUCAACUAUCAAACUGGCCAAGACUCAGUGUUUUAUGUAAAGAGUGAAGACUAUGCAAGUUGCAACACUGCUUCACCUUAUGCAGAAUUCUCUGAUGGUCACACAGUUUUCAAACUCAACCAAUCAGGCCCUCAUUUCUUCAUCAGUGGAAACAAAGACAACUGUGUCAAAAAUGAGAAAAUAAAAAUCAUUGUUCUGUCUGACAGAAGCAAAAGCAACAGUGGUUCCGGUUCAUCAAACACUAAUCAAACAAGCAAUGUUUCUCCGCCUUCGCCACAGUCAUCGUCAUCGCCUCCUUCACCAGCUCCUUCUAAGCCAGAUGGUCAAUCUCCAUCACCAUCUAGUGAUCAUUGUCAUCCUAUUCGCAAUGCCGCUUCUUCGCUCUUUGUCAGCUUUGCUGGUUUUGUGGGAACAUUCUUGGCUUCAGUUCUAAUUUUAUCUAAGUAUGUUUAG